GCAGGCGCAGAAAAGGGGGCGGGGGACUCGGCUUGUUGUGUUGCUGCCCGAGGUCCAGAGGCGAUCCUGCUGCGGCCGCUGCCCGACGAUGUCGUCUCAUUUAGCAGAGCAACCGCCGCCGCUGCACAACAACAACAACGGCGAGGAAGGCGGCCAGCCUGUGCCCCCGCCAGCCGGCCUCAACAGUUCCUGGGUGGAGCUGCCCAUGAACAGCAGCAAUGGCAACGAUAAUGGCAAUGGGAAAAGUGGGGGCCUGGAACAUGUGCCCUCCUCGUCGUCGAUCCACAACGGAGACAUGGAGAGGAUUCUUCUGGACGCCCAGCACGAGUCAGGCCAGAGCAGUUCAAGAGGCAGUUCCCACUGCGGCAGCCCUUCCCCACAAGAAGAUGGGCAGAUUAUGUUUGAUGUGGAAAUGCAUACCAGCAGGGACCAUAGCUCUCAGUCAGAAGAAGAAGCUGCAGAAGGAGAGAAAGAGGUUGAUGCUUUGAAGAAAAGUGUGGACUGGGUGUCGGACUGGUCCAGUCGACCUGAAAACAUUCCACCUAAGGAGUUCCACUUCCGGCACCCCAAGCGUUCUGCGUCUCUGAGCAUGAGGAAAAGUGGGGCCAUGAAGAAAGGGGGCAUUUUCUCCGCAGAAUUUCUUAAGGUGUUCAUUCCAUCCCUCUUCCUCUCUCACGUUUUGGCUUUGGGGCUGGGCAUCUACAUCGGCAAGCGGCUGAGCACACCCUCCGCCAGCACCUACUGAGGAGACAGAGCCCCCGGGAGAGCGUGUGACUGUGAAGUGGUAUAUUGUCACAGUAGUUUAUUUGAACUUGAGACCAUUGUAAGCAUGACCCAGCCUCCCACCCUAUUUUUACAUAUCCAAGUUCCAGUAACUCUCAAAUCCAGUAUUUUAUUCAAACUCUGUUGAGGCGUUUUACUAACCUCAUUCCCUUUUUGGCCUGUAAGACACUUUAGAAUUUCCUAACAGAGUUUACUGUUACUUAGAAAUUUGCAAGGGCUUCUUUUCCGCAAAUGCCACCAGCAGAUUAUAAUUUUGUCAACAAUGCUAUUGUCUCCUUUUAGUACCACCAGAUUUAGACCUGCAUCAUUCAUAGUAUAAAUUUUAUUCUUGCAAGAUAACUACUAUCUCUCUCUCAAAAUGAGAUCAGGUCAGCAAAUGAUGCAUAAGCUCUGUUGUUUUGUUUUUCAAGACCAAGGCAGGCUUCCCUAAGCUUGAAUUUAUAGUUAUUAAAAAAGAAAACAAAAAAAAAGACACAAGAAGAAAACUAUCCUGGGCAAUAAAAAGUUACUUUAAACCAGCUUUGGAGCCAGUUUUUGUCUAAGCCUCCUAAUGGCGCCUUGUAAUUUGUAGGAGGCGGGCUGUCUAAGUGAUAGGUGUGAAGUUGAGUAAGAAACACAUCAGCAGACUUCAAUCCUAGUAUGUUGUAAUGCUGUCUUUUCUAAGGUAUAGAGUCUUUAUUUCUAAUAAGAGGUGUCUCAGGCCUAGAAAUAGAUGAAAUUGCUUUGGGGAUUUUUGUGUGGUAUUUUUAUGUUUAUUAGCUGCAUGUGAAUUUUUCAUGACUUCACAUUUUUUUUUUCUUUCCUUUUUCCUAAGAAGAGGCUUUGGAAUGAAUUCCAAUUUGUGGUAUAAAUAUAGGCUUCUUGUUUUAGGAAGCAUCACUUACACUCUGAAGCCUUUAAACUCGAAAGAUAAAUGUUCCAAAGCUGCUCUAAGCACUUGUGUAACUUUGAAAAACACACUUAGGUUGUGGGAACAAUUGACAAAGUUCUGAAAAGAUGCCAUUGGUUUCCGUCUGGUCUCUGCCUCUCUCAUGUGCACUGGGCACCCUUCCCAAGGUGACUGCCGGGCUCUGCAGGCCCUGCGCCUUCGCUCCCGUAGCCCUCUUCCCAGUUUUGUUAGAAUCCUGCAGUUCCCCAGCACCCAGUGACUUUCUGCAAUGAUAUACUUUUUUGUUUCUUUGUUUCUAAAAUGUGAAGCUUUAGGACCAAAUUAUUCAAAAGCAUCAGGAUUACCACUUAUUUCAAGUAGAUUUAUUGGAUGUCAGAACACAGCAUGACUCUGAAAGAUACUAUUGUCUGUUUUAUAUAUAAAUAAUUACUAUUUGUGAUAUAGACAUACUAUUGAAUACAGAGAGAACCAUUGUUAAUUUUAAAACGAGCAAUCUAUUCAUUAAGUAAAGUGUAUCAAGUUGACUUGAACAAAAACUCUAUGACAACCAGGUUUGCCAGUUUGCAGAAACUAAAUAACUCUUUUCCCUAUCACAUCAAGUUUUGUAAAAUUGAUGUGUUAUUACAGUAGAAAAUACAGAUUAAGCAAAAUUUUUGGCUUUUUUCAAGAAUAUAGCUGGCUAUCUUUAAGAAAGAUGCUAUAUCUAAAAUAGUUUUCUGAAUUACUUUUUCUUUCUAGCAUUAGAUGUCUAAAUAAUUUUGGAUAUUUUCUUGUAUCUUGUUUGUCUUACUCUUAAGCCUGGUAACACUUGAUUUGCCUUCUAUAACCUGUUUAUUUCAAGUGUUCAUAUUUUAAUUUCUUUGGGGAGAAAGUAAAUCAGAUGGCCCACUGAUUUUGCAAAGCCUGAGUAAAAUUGGAAAGGCUGGUGAAGUUAAGAGAACUAAACAGCUAAACUGCUAAAAUACAGUUUGUAUUACAGUUGGUAUCAUGGCAGGGAAAAGUAAAAACGUACUUAAAAUAAGAGAAAUCUUUUACAGGCAACACAUUGCCCUCUUUUGAAAUUCAGUAGCAGGUCUGUCAGAAAUGUGAUUGAACUUGGGUAUAUCUAUGUUUUCUUUCAAAAGUGAUAAUAAAUUUAGUUCUUUCCUUUUUCUUAAAAUAUCCGUGAAAUUUUGGACCAUUACUUAAAACAUGAAUACAUGAUCACAGUAGAACUUAACAGAAUGAAAUCACGCAGUAUUUAUUAAUAGCCUGAACAUGGGGUAAAUGUCUGUGCUCCUGCCUAGGUUUGUGUUGAACAGAAACACAUUAUGUGAUUUGAGAGGUGAAUUUAACAAUUAACAGUUGACGUUUUAAGGUUACUGUUUCAAAGCUUUAUACCUGUUUACAAUUUGGGAGCAGAAAGGCAGACUUCAUUUUUCUUAUGCUGGGUGAAAACUGGCUUAGAAUAUUUACAAAUAGAAUCAAGAGCAAAACUGCACAAACUUGCACAUUGGAAAGUGCAACAAGUUACUUUGAUUGCAGUAAAAAUAUUUACUGUUCUAAAAAUGAAAGUGGAGGGCUUAGAUGAAUUUUUAAGUGAACCAGUUGUUGAAAUUAUUGGGAUUAACUGAGCCAAAGUGAUUAUGCAUUCUUCAUCUGUUUGGUUAGUGUACAUUGUAUCAUUAUAUACAGUUUACAAUACAUGUAUAACUUGUAGCUAUAAGCAUUUUGUGCCAUUAAAGCUCUCAGAAAACUU